AUGCGUCUUUGUGAUUCAACGUGGCUAGCGACAAUCACAGGGAUGUCACUAUCUCAGAAAGGUGGAGUGCUACUUUACGAUGAAGAUGGACACGACUUAUCGUUGUACGAAAACACUGCCGGGGAAGGAUGCAUAAAAAUGAAGCGACUUUCCUUUCUGUCACCAACGAGCACGCUACGACCUGGCUGUCAUUCAAAGAAACACAAGAGACCUGCCACCGAUGAGAACAACAACAGAGUGGCAAAGGCGGUCAGAAGAGAAGAC